UGGAACAAUGUACUGAGACCUCACCUUCUCCUCAUCCUCAUCAUCAAAACAACACGCCCAGCGUCUACUCUCUCUUUUUACGUUACAUCCUCAAACGCGAACCAACAGUAGAACAGCAAUCAUGGCAUCCAAAAUCCUCCGUCUCGUACUUCUCCUCGCCCCAGCAGCAAUCACCACCGCCUACGGCGACUCCAGCCCUGGCCCCACCUACUCCAACCCCAACUUCCUCCCCACGGGCGAUUCUUCCAAAAUGCGCGACACCGCCAACUUCCGAAGAAACCUUACCGCCCACGCCAUCCUUGCCGCCCUCGCAUUCGUAAUCCUCUUCCCAACCGGCGGCAUCAUCGUCCGCCUCGUCCCCUUCCGCCUGGUCUGGUUCGUCCACGGCGUGCUCCAGCUCUUCGCCAUCCUUGUCUUCGUCGCCGCAUUUGGCCUCGGGAUCUACUUGGCCACCAGCCGAAGCAUAACCCCCGACGGCUUGAUGAACAAAGCGCACGUGAUUAUCGGGAUCGUGCUGUUUGGGCUGUUGUUCCUCCAACUGUUUUUGGGGGUGCUGCAUCAUCUCGGCUUCAAAAAGACAGGGACGCGGGGGGCUUGGAGCUACGCCCACGUCUGGCUCGGAAGGGCCCUGAUCACGCUGGGAAUCGUGAAUGGGGCGCUGGGGUUGAAAUUAGCGAGGGAUACUGGGACUGGGGGGAGCAACAUGGCGAUUAUUGCUUAUAGCGUCUUUGCCGGCCCGAUGUGGCUCGCCUAUAUGACUGUAGCGGUCUUCGGAGAGGUGACGAUGAUGAUGGGUUCUAACGAGAAUGUGGGGAAGGAGAACGCUAGUCUUGAGGGGUGA